GCCUCAAGAGACCCUCCCACCUCAGCCUGCCACGCUUUGGGGAUCACAGGUUUGGGGAUUACAGGCGUGCGCCACCGCGCCCGGCCUGGUGUCGGAUCUUUAAGCACAACCAACAAACCCGUCCGGCCAGCGCGCUCCUGCGACCUCCUGGCAGGAGUUUUUAACUGUGCCCCGCAGCCCCCAGGUGCAGUUGAGGCUGGAGGAAAGGCCGUCACUGGGGCCUGCUUAGGGGAUGGAGGGUCGACUGCAGAGGCGGAGCCACCGCUCCGCGUCCUGCAGCGAGCGCAGGGGUGUGUAGUGGGGAGCACACGAGCAGUGGAGUGUGGGCAGUGCCCCGCUUGCUAAUGCCAGAGAGGGAAGCAGUGUUGGCAGUCGUGCGAUAACUUUGAGUUCUUCUGAAACCCUAGGCUGGCCCGUAUCCUGCGGACUCUGCGGUUAACGAGUUUCAAACCCCGACUAAGCCGGAAGAGCCGAAGCAGACCUUGCCGAAGCCACCCUUGUCCCCGAGACUGAGAAUGAUGCGUAAACUCUACGAGGUUUGAGCCUCGCGGCUGUCCGUUCUGACCCUCCGGCGUGGACGCAUUCCCGCGCUUUCUGGCGUAAGGGGUCAGAGGGCGCGUUCCUGCGCAGGCGCACGGAGCCGGGGCCGCUGCGGCCAUGGGCGAGGCGGGCGUCGCUGAGGAGGCCUGCUGGCACGUGGGAGCGAAAGAAGAAUUUGUAAAAGUCAGAAAGAAAGACCUGGAACGGCUGACCACUGAAGUGAUGCAAAUACGGGACUUCUUACCAAGAAUACUAAAUGGGGAGGUACUAGAAAGCUUCCAGAAAUUAAAGGUUGCAGAAACAAACCUGGAAAGGAAAGAGCAAGAAUUAGAGCAGCUGAAAAUGGAUUGUGAACACUUUAAAUCCCGCCUGGAAACCGUGCAGACUGACAGCAUGAGAGAAAAAAAGGAGAAACUGGCUCUUCGACAGCAGCUGAGUGAAGCAAAGCAGCAACUCCUCCAGCAGGCAGAGUAUUGUACAGAAAUGGGAGCGGCAGCAUGUACCCUCUUGUGGGGUGUCUCUAGCAGCGAGGAGGUUGUCAAAGCCAUUCUGGGAGGAGAUAAAGCUUUGAAGUUUUUCAACAUCACUGGUCAAACAAUGGAGAGUUUUGUGAAGUCACUGGAUGGUGAUGUUAAGGAGCUCAACUCGGAUGAAAAUCAGUUUGUUUUUGCUUUGGCUGGAAUUGUAACAAAUGUUGCUGCCAUCGCGUGUGGUCGUGAAUUCUUGGUUAACUCCAGUCGGGUGCUCUUGGACACCAUAUUGCAGCUCCUGGGAGACUUGAAGCCAGGACAGUGUACCAAACUCAAAGUGUUGAUGCUGAUGUCCCUGUAUAAUGUGAGCAUCAAUUUGAAAGGCUUGAAAUACAUCAGCGAGAGUCCAGGGUUCAUCCCUUUGCUCUGGUGGCUUCUGAGUGGGAGAAGCCUCUGGUCCCCGCAUGCGGUUGUGGCAGCUCCCACUGAAGGAUUUAGUCCACUUCUUCGGUCCUCUUACUUCUUAGCAGACCCAGACGCAGAGGUGUGCCUUCACGUGUUACGGCUCGUCCAGUCCGUGGUUCUGGAGCCAGAAGUCUUCUCCAGGUCGGCUGCUGAGUUCCGGAGCUCCUUGCCCCUGCAGCGCAUCCUGGCGAUGUCCAAGAGCCGCAACCCUCACCUGCAGACUGCCGCCCAGGAACUCCUAGAAGAUCUCCGUGCUCUGGAGCGUGAUGUGUAGGUGCGCUCUGCCACCUAGGGGUUUGGUGAAAAUGCCAGUGUCCCCUCCCUCCCCAGGUCCCUCCGUUUGUAUUCCAGAACCACCACCAUGUGCCACGUGUUAGAGACGGCAAAAUGCGAUUGACUAGAGAUGGACGUAAGUUUAUGUGUAUCCCACAUAACUUCCUCCUGGAAGUGAAAGUACUUGUGGGUGGCUGUUAUCUUGCCAAAGGGGAGGCCAUAAAAGAAUCCAUCCUUCUGGAAAGGUCUGUACUACCAGGAAGAGGGCUUCCUCCGAGUAGUUCCGCACUGGUCAGCAUUUUCCUGAGAUACAGUUCUUUAAAAAAACAUUCUUUCUCUAGUAAUUAUAAUUAAUCCCUCCAAAAUGCAAGUUUACCUUUAUGUCCUUUUGGUAAACCUACUAUUUCAGAUUACGUUGGACAUUUUAGUUGUAUAUUUUUUGUACCUCUUUUAUUUUUGAAUAAAGAAAAUCAGAGAGUUGA